AUGAGUGCCACAGCACUGCAGACCACAGGUUUUGUAGCAGGCGCCAUCGGUACAGUUGGAGUUCUUGCUGCCACAGUUAUGGAUGUUUGGUGCACUGAAGACCAGCAGGAGCACCAGGCAACUUCCAUCCACCAUUAUAAGGGCCUGUGGAAGGACUGCGAGGUGUCCCAGUCUGGACUCACUGAGUGCCAACAUCUCUACAGCUACCUGAGCUACUCAAACAGAAGCAGAAUGAGUGCCACAGCACUGCAGACCACAGGUUUUGUAGCAGGCGCCAUCGGUACAGUUGGAGUUCUUGCUGCCACAGUUAUGGAUGUUUGGUGCACUGAAGACCAGCAGGAGCACCAGGCAACUUCCAUCCACCAUUAUAAGGGCCUGUGGAAGGACUGCGAGGUGUCCCAGUCUGGACUCACUGAGUGCCAACAUCUCUACAGCUACCUGAGCUACUCAAGAAUCCUUCAGGCUAUAAGAGCUCUGAUGAUAGUAGCAAUUUUAGUAGGUGUGAUUGCAGUAUUCAUUGGAUUCUUCUGCCUAAAGUGCCUCAAUAUGAGAUGUAUGGAUCUAUUGACCAAGGCCAAACUGAUGCUAAGCGCAGGGAUUUUGUUUAUCAUUGCUGGCAUUUUUGAUAUUUCUGGAUCAUCAGUGUAUGCUGAUCAAAUAGUGCCCAGUUUCAUGAUGACCCAAUACAAUCAAGAGCAAGGAGAGAAGGAAGGAAUACAAUGUGGGAAUGGCAUGGGCAUGGACAUGGGAGGAAUUAAUUCAUUUGCUUCCAGGUAA